AUGAACAGGUCAGCGUGCUAUCAUUUCUCACCGGGGCCUGGGUUCCCCUUUGAAGCAGAACUUUUGGCGCUUUUGAUUAUUCUGGAAAGAGCUGCUGCCAAUAAUUGGUCUAAUCUUUGGGUAGAGUCGGAUUCUACUUACGUCGUCAACAUUUUUAACAACCGCGCUUCCCCUGUGCUGUGGCAUUUCCGUGGACGUUGGAUUGCUGCUCUUAAGGGUGUCGUCAACUUUAAUAUCAUUUGUUCUCACAUCUUUCAGGAAGGUAAUAAAGUUGCGGAUUUCAUGGCGUCUUCGGUCUCUCAUGAAGGUUUCUGGUAUCAUUCGCUGCCGGAGAUCUCACAGCUGGUGCAUGAGGACGUUCAUUCUACUUUUGUUAGAAUGGGGCGCUAG